AUGGCGAUCAAAUGGUUAGAAUGGCAAGCGUACAGUCACGGCAUUAGUAUCAGACACGAGUACAACAACACGGAGAAAAGAAUUGGCACUCGUUGUCUCCCUGUGGACGGUUUUCACGCUGAAUCACAAACGAUGUUUCAGUUUCAUGGUAAGUUGUUGUUUUAGUGUAAUUAGGAUUAAGUUAAUUAGCUAGGAUUAAGUUAAUUGUGUGGGAGUGAGCUAAUGAGUUUUUAGCGAUUGCGUGGGCUUGUAGGAUAACUUUAUCUUUCUUUUGUAGGUUUAACUGUAUUGCACUUUAUUUUAAUAGGUUGUUAUUGGCAUGGGCACAACUGUCAUCUGAACGAAGGGAAAGAAGUCAACGAAAAACGUGAUAAGCCGAUGAAGGAACUCCUUGAAGAUACCCAAAGAAACAGCGCCUAUAUCACGAAGCAGGAAUUCAAUCUCGUUGAAUGUUGGGAGUGUGAGUGGCGAGAGAUGAAGAAACGAAACACCGCGCUGCAACGAUUCAUUGCCACGCAACUUCGCCGACCCCUAGACAAAGUAAAAACGAUGACAACUCGAUCAAUUGUCAACGCUGUGAAGAAUGAUGCGUUAUUUGGCUGUGUCGAGUGCGACAUCCACGUACCUGAGAGUUUGCGAGAUGUGCCCCAUGAAGAGCUACGCCGAAGAAAACAACAUCAUGCCCCGACCCCGGCGGAGUCUCAUUGGAAGUAUGAUCGGAAAGAACAUAAUGUUGGCAACCCCUCUUCUAAAAUGGUAUUUAGAACAUGGUUUAGAGGUACGUUUUAAAUAUUAAAAACUUGUAAAAUUGCAGGAGAAAAUGUUUAACAAAUUGUAUUAUCGUUUUAGGUAACACACGUCUACCAGAUAGUCGAGUAUACCCCUAAGCCAUGCUUCAAACCUUUCAGUGACGCUGUAUCGGAUGCUCGUCGUGCUGGUGAUGCAGACCCCUCCAAAGCCAUCAUCGCGGACACGAUGAAAUUGGUCGGGAAUAGGUGAGUUUUAAAAUCACGCUGUUGUGACGUAUUCAAGAAAUACUCAUUUUUGUAUUUCUAUACAGCUCAUACGGGAAGACCAUCACCAACAAAGAGCGUCAUCGCAAGGUGGAUUACUGCAACGAUGAUGAGGUUUCUGAAUUAAUCAACUCACCAUUCUACCGCCAAAUGAACGUGAUCGACGAUGACACCUACGAAGUGGAAAGUGCUAAGAAGAAAAUUAAGUUGGACUUACCACUACAGGUACGUAUUGCAUGAUCAUUUUGUCAUUAGAAAUAUAAGUUAAUAAAUUAUUCUUAUUUUACAGGUGGGGUUCUUCGUGUACCAGUAUGCGAAACUCCGAAUGUUACAGUUUUACUACGACUGUUUAGAUACAUUUCUUGACCGUUCCGAUUAUGAGUAUUGCGAGAUGGAUACAGACAGUGCCUAUAUCGCUAUUAGUGGUGAAAGUGUUGAAGAAUUGGUCAAGCCUGGUUUAAGAGCGGCGUUUGAGAACGAUAAAUGUAACUGGUUUCCUCGUUCCGAUACAACUGAACAUGCGAAAUACGACAGGAGAAAACCGGGAUUGUUUAAAGUGGAAUGGGAAGGGGAUGGAAUUGUACCUUUAUGUAGUAAGACGUAUUAUUGUUUUGGGGAGAAAGAUAAGUAUAGUUGCAAGGGUGUAAAUAAGAAAAAUAAUGUAAUUAAUAAAGAUAAAUAUUUAGAUGUGCUUUUAAGUAAACGUAGUGGGUCGGGUGUAAAUAGGGGUUUUAGGGUUUUAAAUAAUACUAUGUGUACAUAUGUUCAAGUUAAGAACGCUUUUAGUUAUUUUUAUCCAAAACGUAAAGUUUUGGAGGACGGCGUCUCCACUAUUCCAUUAGAUAUUUAG